AUGGACAGAUUAAACCAGUUGGCCGGCCAGUUGAACCCAUCCUCCAAGCAAUCUUUGCUCCAGAAGAACCCAGAUGAUGUAGUUAUCGUCGCAGCUUACAGAACCGCAAUCACCAAGGGUGGUAAAGGUGGCUUCAAGGAUGUUGGAACUGACUGGAUUUUGCAAAAGUUUUUGGAAGCUUUCUUGAAGAAGACAAAUGUCGACCCAAAGUUGGUGGAGGACGUCACCGUUGGUAACUGUUUGAGACAGGCUUGUGGUGCAACCGAGCACAGAGGUGCUGUUCUCAGCGCCGGUUUCCCAUACACAACCGCGUACCUGUCUGUCAACAGACAAUGUUCGUCUGGUUUGAUGGCUGUGGCUGACAUUGCCAACAAGAUCAAGUGUGGCCUGAUCGACGCUGGUAUUGGUGCCGGUGUGGAAUCAAUGAGUUCCAACUACAAUGCCAACGCUCUUGCCAGGGCCGAUGUUGGUAUCCGUAAGGAGCCAGAGAUGGAGAAGUGUAUGAUUCCUAUGGGUUUCACCAACGAGAACGUUGCCAAGAAGUACAGCAUCCCUAGAAGCCGCAACGACGAGUUCGCUGCUAACUCCUACGCCAAGGCCGAAAGGGCCGUGUCCUCGGGUGCCUUCAAGGACGAGAUCUUGCCUAUCGAGUCCUACACCAAUGAAGGUGACGAAGAUGAUGAUGAGCCAAUUUUGAAGAAGUUCAUUGUUGACACUGACGAGGGACCAAGAAAGGGUGUUACUGCCGAGUCCUUGGGCAAGUUGAAGCCAGCUUUCGAGGAGGGAGGUGUCACCCAUGCUGGUAACGCAUCUCAGGUUUCCGAUGGAUGUGCUGGUGUUCUCUUGAUGAGAAGAUCUGUUGCAGAGAAGAACAACUUGCCAAUCGUCGGUAAGUAUGUUGCCUGUUCCACCGUUGGUGUUCCACCAGAAAUCAUGGGUGUUGGUCCAGCUGUUGCAAUCCCAGAUGUGUUGAAGAAGACGGGCUUGACCGUUGAGGACAUCUCUGUUUUCGAGAUUAACGAGGCUUUCGCUGCCCAGUGCUUGUACUCCGCUGAAACCUUGAACAUUCCAGCUGAGAAGUUGAACCCUAAUGGUGGUGCCAUUGCCUUGGGUCAUCCAUUGGGCUGCACUGGAGCCAGACAGUACGCUACAAUCUUGCGUUUGUUGAAGGCUGGUGAGUUCGGUAUCACUUCCAUGUGCAUUGGAACAGGUAUGGGAGCUGCUUCCAUUUUGAUUAAGGAGUAA